GGCGCUUCCGGCGGCGCAGGAAGGGGCGGUGCGCGCGGCCCCGGAAAAAUGACUUCUGAAAGCAGCUCCUUCGUGAAGGGCAUGGUGCUUGGAGGAGCCUUCUGCAUGUUGGUUACACUGCUGGGACACAUCAAGGUGGGGCACGGGACCAAAGCGCGAGACCACGAGCACCAUCACAUCCAGGCUCCCGACAAAGAGGAUGUCUUAAACCUUUCUGAGGGUGAACGUAUGGAGCUUAGUAAAAGUAUCCGUGUUUACUGUAUCAUCCUUGUCAAACCGAAAGAUCUGGGGCACUGGGCUGCAGCAAAGGAGACCUGGAGCAAGCACUGCGACAAGGCAGAGUUCUACAGCUCUGAAAAUGUCAAAGUGUUCGACUCUGUGGCCCUCAACACAAAAGACAUGUGGGUGAUGAUGAGAAAAGCUUACAAGAUGACGUAUGAACGUUACAAGGACGAAUUCAGCUGGUUCUUCCUUGCGUAUCCAACAACAUUUGCUAUUAUUGAAAAUCUCAAGUACUUCUUACUGAGAAAAGACCCCUCCCAGCCUUUUUACAUCGGCCACGCUGUGAAAUCUGGUGACCUCGAAUACGUGGAUGGCGAGGGAGGAAUCGUGCUAAGCAUCGAGUCACUGAGACGACUCUCCAGUGUUCUUGAAGACCCCAACAAGUGUCCGGAGCAGGGAGGUAUGAUUUGGAAGCUCGCCGAGGACAAGCAGCUGGCGAUCUGCCUGAAGUACACAGGGGUGUUCGCCGAGAACGCGGAGGAUUCGGAAGGCAAGGACGUCUUCAACACUAAAUCCGUGGGCACCCUCAUCAAGGAGGCCAUGGGAACCCACCCGCAGCAGGUGGUGGACGGCUGCUGCUCCGACAUGGCCAUCACCUUCAGCGGGCUGAGCCCCAACCACAUGCACGUGAUGAUGUACGGGGUGUACAGGCUGAGGCCCUACGGACACACUUACAGUGAUGCCCUCGUGUUCUUGCCCCCGGAGGGCUCGGACAAUGACUGAGGUGCCGCCAGGGCAGGGGUGCAGUCGGCUCAUCUCGUUGGUACUGACGCGUGCUGGUGCUGCUGUACAGGUUGUUUUUGCACACUGAGGUUUGGUAAAAGCUCUUGAUUUCAAAAGUGGAAGGAGAAAUUUUUUUCUAACUCUUUUAUACGGAAAAAAAACUUCUGGCUUUUGACAGAGCCGGAGUGAAAUGAUAAAAAGAUAUUGUUAAUGUUUA